AUGCAACAUGGCUCAACUUACAACAAUAGAUGGGCAGCUACAGCAUUCAUAGAGUGUAUUUCUGACACUUUGAAGGAAGAAAUGUUAUCACAGAUUAAAGGUACGAAGUUUUUUUCUUUAACUAUGGACGGAACCACUGACAAUGUUACUGCUGAGCAGGAGACACUUUUCAUUAGAUUUUGCUCUGCUGGGAAAAUAAGUUGGCAUUUCCUCUGUAUUGGAGAGCCAAGAUCUACUACUUCGGCUGACCUAUUAAAGUUUGUUAAAGAUAAACUUGAUGAAAAUAAACUGUCUGAUCAAAUGGAGAAACUCGUGGGCUUUGGGUGCGAUGGAGCAUCCAACAUGGUGGGAAAGCGUAAUGGCCUUGUUGCACUACUGCAGAAAGACUUCACGGAGAUAAUCGGAGUUCAUUGCCUGGCACAUCGACUUGAAUUAGGAUGCAGUUAA